AUGCAUUUUACGCCAACACGGAGACUUAUUUCACCCUUUGAUUCCUUCUUUUCUACCAACACGCAUUCGGAAUCAACUUGGCAAUCACAAACAAAAUAUAAAGCAAUAGAGCCAUCUGAGCCACUCUCUUUGGAUGAUUCCGAAAUUUUGGAAACUCAAAAUAAUCAAUCAUCAGGAAAUUUGGAUCAUACUGUUGCAAGUGUGUAUUGCGAAAUGUGUGGAGAAGAAUUAAAGGAUAUGUUUGAGUAUGAGCAUCAUUAUGAAUCAGUGCAUUGUCAUUUAUGCUCGGAAUGCGAAUUAAUCUUUCCAAGUGCUUAUCUAUUGGGAGUUCAUUUAGAGGAAAGCCAUUCUUCCUAUUUCGAAGUUUGUUUACAUAAAAACAAGGAUUCUAAAAUGUAUCAAUGUUUGGUGGAGGACAAGUCGAUAUGUCAUGAAAUGUUUAAAACGAGCGAGGAACGAGAUUUACACAUGAUUUCACAUCACAUGUACGAGCCUGGUUUUAGAUUUGAGAAAAUGGGUCGUCCUUUGAAUAAUUUUGGUGAAACCAGUAAUGAUGAAAUGUUGGAAUAA